CAGGACUCAAGUCUUGAUAUCUAAAUAAUGAGCUUUGCUGACCACGAUGUGCUGGGCCAGGCUUUCGAGGAUGCUCUGGAAGUGUUGCAGCAGCACUCUGACAGAGAAAUGCAGUGUCCACCAGGUUAUAAAAACUGCCUGACCAUGAUCAACCAUCACCACCACCUCCGAGCAAGCCCCAGUUACUGCCCAGCACCAUCUGUGGAGGAGCGAGGGUACAGCUGGAGGAACGUGAUUAGCAGUGCAGCGGAUUUUUAUGCAGAUGAGACUGUCUACCACACACUGCAGAACACUCCAGAGAGUCAAGUGAUGCACACUGCUGCUGGCCAGCCAAAAGCAGGGAAAGGUAGAAAAAAACUUCGACUAUUUGAGUACCUCCACGAGUCUCUGUAUGACCCAGCCAUGGCAAACUGCAUCCAGUGGGUGGACAAGCCGAAUGGUGUCUUCCAGUUUGUCUCCAAAAACAAGGAGAAACUUGCAGAACUGUGGGGAGAAAGAAAGGGAAACCGCAAAAUCAUGACUUACCAGAAGAUGGCCAGAGCUCUGAGGAAUUAUGGAAGAACAGGUGAAAUAGUUAAAAUCCGUAGGAAACUCACCUACCAGUUCAGUGCUGUUGUUCUAAAGAGACUCUCUCCAUCUUAUUUCUUAGGAAAAGAAACAGUUUGUCAUCCCUACAUCCAGUCCAGCCAGGAAUACCAGUGUGCAGAGGACUGGACCAGUUACAAUAAUUACAUGUACAACAAUGGUUAUGCAUUGCAGCACCAUCACAGCUAGACUUAGCUAUGCUUUGUUAUCCAGCAAUGCUUUCCAACACAAAUCUCUGCUCGGUGCAUAGCUUUUCCUUCAAGGUAUCCCACAAACACAUCAAGAGAAAUGUUUAGAAAGUUAUAUUGGCCCAGUUUUGCUCCUUUUCAAGUUACUGAUAUGCAGUCACUGCCUGUUGCAGCAAUCUAGCAGCUGUAGAGCACAUUSUAUUCUCCGUUAUGCUAAUCAAAGGAAUUCUAAUCAAAGGAAUUACUGCAGUUUCAAGAACAGGAUCAAGGCUUUUGUCUGUUAGUGGACAUCAUUGUGGCAGCACUCACUGGAAGUUUUAUGCAUAUCUCCAAGUAGAAUUUAGCUGAUGCUGUGCCAAGGUUGCKGCACUCUCUAAACCAGAAAGGGAAGAGAUUUGCCCACUGCAUGAAGCUGCUGUCUGCUUUUUUCACCAACGCUCUUUAUAAAAGGACAUUUUCUGAGGGAAUGCCUGGCUGAAUGACAGUCCACAUGAGGGUGCAUCUGUUGACCAAGUUGAUAAUCUUUAAUCACUCAAAUUAACACAUCUCAGGACAGAUCCUGACAUGUGUAUCAGGGUUGCCAGCUGCACAUUUUACUGUUGGCAGUGGGUUCACUGGGCCCAUGAUAGAGUUAGGAAAGGAUUGUGCUUUUCAUCAAGUUUUGUACAGUUCUUCCCCCACUAAUAUGAGAAUCUCCCCUUUUAUCCAGCAAUUCUGUGCUUACCUAACAAACAGCUUUGCCAUUUAUUUUAGGAGUUGUAACUUUAUAUGUAUAAAUAAAAUUUCACUUCUCCAGCUCUUUUUCUAAAUGGGAAUAUACCUUAAAGUCUCAGUGAUUUUACGCUCUCUACCUCAGAGAGAGUAACUGAAUUUAGGUACAAGGAGAGUAGUAGCCCCUUAUGUCAGGAUAAUACUUACACAUCUACUUUUUCUCAUACUUCUGCUAUCUGAUCAACUUCUGUCAUCAUAUGAGUUGUCUUUUGGGCUAAAAUAUUUCCAUUCAACUAUGUUCAAUUCCAAGUUCUGCAUUUUGCAGUAUGUAG